CGUCUACUACAACCACACACCCUCUCAUACAUUAUUCGUUUUUACUCUCUAUACUUUUCCUCAUCUCUUCUUCAACUGCCCAUCCCUCCUCUUCCCCCCUCCCACCUCUCUCUCUCUCUCUAUUUUAUUUAGAUAUAAAAUUGUUCUUCGGUUUGCGAAUAUAGCACAUGUUUAGACCCAUUAAUCAUGGAUUCUCCUCAUAUUCUUGGUACUUGCACACACACACUCUCUCUCUAUAUGUGUUUGUUUAGGCUCUAAAAUACAAAAAGGGAAGUUUUUUAUUUUUGGGUUAUGAUUGUGUGUGUUUGGAGAUGAAAGCUUUGUCUUUCAGGUAAAGGAAUAAUGUGGGCAUACUUAUUUGUUAUUACAACCAAACACUAGCUAUGGAUGGUUCGUCCUUGGACGAGUUGGUGUUUGAUCCAUCAAAAUGCAGUAAGUUGAGUAUGGAACAAAAGAGGGAACUUGUGUAUGAAGUGUCCGAGUGGUCAGAUGGUGCCACAGAAGUGCUGCACAGCUGGAGUCAUCAGGAGAUAUUGCAGGUCCUCUGUGCCGAGCUGGGAAAGGAAAGGAAGUACACCGGCUUAACCAAGUCGAAAAUAAUAGAAAAUCUUCUAAAGAUUGUGUAUGACAAGAAAGUUAUGGAACGUGGGGCUGCAAGCGUUUCAGAAUCACAUCCUACCUCAGAAAACGGUGAGAGGACUCCAAAAAGGCUAAGGAAAUCUGAUCACCCAAACCGUCUGCCUAUCACAGCAGGUGCUGCUGUUACUAGCGUGCCAGAUGCUGAGCAAGGUAAUACAGUGUAUUGCAAAAACUCGGCUUGCAAGGCUAAAAUGAAUUGUGAGGAUGUAUUCUGCAAAAGGUGCUCGUGCUGCAUUUGUCGACAAUAUGAUGAUAAUAAGGACCCUAGCCUUUGGCUGAAUUGCAGUUCGGACCCUCCCUUUCUUGGUAUGUCAUGUGGCAUGUCGUGCCACCUCGAGUGUGCCUUACGUAAUGAAAAUUCCAGCAUUUCAAAACAUGGGCAGGAUAAAGGGCUUGAUGGGAGUUUCUCUUGUGUGUCUUGUGGAAAAGUGAAUGAUUUACUAAGCUCAUGGAGGAAGCAACUGGUUGUCGCAAGGGACACCAGGCGGGUCGAUAUACUAUGCUAUAGGCUAUCGUUGUGCCAAAAGAUUCUUGCUGGUACCAAGCUUUACCAUAAUCUUUGUGCAUACGUAGAUGAGGCAGUAUCUAAGCUUGAAGAAGACGUUGGCCCUCUCACGGGUUUACCUGUAAAGAAGGCUAGAGGUAUUGUUAACAGGCUCUCUUCGGGCCUAGAAAUUCAAAAACUUUGUGCCUCAGCUGUGGAGUCUCUCGAUAUAAUGCUUUCCGAAAGAGCAUUUGUUACACCUUCUAAUUGCAAUGCACUUGCUGGGAACUUGUUGCAGUUUCAAGAAACACGCUCGUCGUCUGUUGCAUUGAUACUGAAUUCUGAUGAUUCCAGCUUGGGAAACGUAGUUGGUUAUAUGCUGUGGCAUCGGAAAGCAGAAGAUAAGGACUAUCCAUCGGAGCCUACCUGCAGGCUGUUCACACCUGAUACAAAGCUGUUGCUUUCCAAUCUAAUCCCGGCUACAGAGUAUUUCCUCAAGGUUGCUGUGCUCGAGAAAGAAAGAGAAAUUGGAUCCCUUGAGUUUCAAUUCAGAACAGAGAGCUCCGAAGAUGAGAUGCAGAAUUUGAAUUCCAAGAGUUUAGAAGAAGAAAGAAGUCAAAGUCCGGCCACCAACUGCAGCAGUCUCUCAAAUCCUUCCUCAGUCGAGGACGAGAACAACGCAGUCUUGCCCUGCAGAAAUGAGGAUAGCAACAGAAGAGAUAAUUAUCUUCGUUUUACCAGUAAUGCUGAUAAGCUUGCUGCUUCAAAAUUGUUUGGUAAGGAUAACGACAACGAGUUCUUGGAUCCAUGCCUGAAAGAGGGCAAUGGAGAUAUUAUCUCUUUGUCGGAUGAAGAACAUAAUGCGGUGAAUUUCAGAAAUAAAGAGAAGGAGUCGUCAACCAGUCAGAUGGUUGAGGAAACGAGCACCGACGAUGGAUCCAACACUCCCCGGACAGGCUUGGAGUGUGUCCCCUACGUCGACAGCUUGCAGGUCACUCCCUGCAAGAUGGACAACAUGAAGGACGGAGGUGGAAGGAAGAAGAGGUGCAAAACCAACGGGAAGGGUAUCGACAUUGUGUCCAAGAGAGACGAGGAGCCUCAAGCAGGCAGCUCAUCAAAGAAGAGGAGUGGAGAGAGGCACGAUGAGGAAUGCCCUGGCAUCGGGGACAAGGAUUUUGAGUACUACGUGAAGGUGGUUCGGUGGUUGGAAUGCGAUGGUCACAUUGACACUACGUUUAGGCAGAAAUUCUUGACGUGGUACAGCUUGAGGGCCACUCCUCAAGAGGUACGGGUUGUGAAAGUAUUUAUUGAUAUGUUCAUUGAAGAGCCGGCGUCACUUGCAGGUCAGCUUGUCGACAGCUUCGCGGACGUUAUAUCAAACAAGCGAUGCUCGACGGUGCGUUCAGGGUUUUGUUUGAAGCUCUGGCACUAAGAGGUUUAUUGUUUUAUUAUAGGAUUGAAUUCGUGCAGAUCUUCAAGAGAUUUGCCUGCUUCAUUCUUUGAAUUUGAAAUGUGAUUGAUUGAUCAAUUGAAAUAGCUUCUUAAUCAUUUAUGAAGAAAAUAUGUUGACAGUUA